AUGAUUUCGACACCUGAGCUGUCAAUCCGGACUCAAAUCGCUGAGUCAUAUGCGAACGAUUCAUUCUACACGGGAAUCAUCAAUUAUCUUCGACACCCUAGUGAGGGUUCACUCGCGAAGUUGACGAAACCAACGCGUGACAACAUCAAGCGGUACGCGCUUGAUGGUCCGCUGCUGACUUAUACAAUGGACGUUUUCGACCCACCGCGCGUCGUCAUCCCUGCUGAUGACGACCUCCGCGCACGAUUGGUGCAUGAAUUUCAUGACACUCCAACUGGUGGUCAUUUGGGUCGCGAGAAGACGUUCGCGGCCAUCUCUCGUGUGUUUUUCUGGCCGCGUAUGUACAAAUACAUCCAGAAAUGGGUACGCUCUUGUGAAAUAUGCCAGCGUGUGAAGCCUGCGCCGUCUUCACAAGCUCCAUUGCGUCCGCUUCCGAUUGCCACGGAAGCCUGGCGUUCGGUCAGCAUAGAUUUCAUCUUUGGUCUCCCUCCGGACGAACAGAAACGCACGGGCGUAUUGGUUUUUGUGGAUCGAUUUAGCAAAAUGGUGCAUUUUGCUCCAGUCUCCGCGCACGUUACGGCGGAGACGACCGCGCAGAUCUUCAUCGAUCUCAUAUUUCGACAUCACGGCUUGCCUGAAUCAAUUGUUUCGGACCGCGACCCGCGCUUUACAUCAGCUUUUUGGGCAACGUUGUUUCAACUAUUGGGCACGCGACUGCUUAUGUCUACGGCAGCCCAUCCAGAGACGGAUGGGCAAACGGAGCGCGUGAACAGAGUGCUUGAAGAUGUACUACGCAGUUAUGCGACAUCGUUCCAGUCGUGGAGUUCGUUUCUCCCUCUCGCUGAAUUUGCAAUCAACAACGCAAUUCAUGCGUCGACUGGAGUUAACGCCAUUUUUCGUGAAUAA